AAACCCAGCAGCGCAUCCUGUCAUAACAAAGCAAUCGACGCAACCACACGCACAACAAGAAGCGACGGAGCGUCGCUUUUCCCCGUUCUCGCUUGUGCCCACCGCAGUGUGUUUUUUAUGUGAAAAGUGCCCCUCCCGUCGGAAAACUCAUGGCUCCCCGAAAGCGAAAAGUGGUGGUGGCACCGGCCAACUCGCCGGAAAAAGUGAAAUACUCGACCGCCGUCAUACAGACGGUGUUGAGCGCGCAGCAGAGCGAAACGACGCACGCGAAGCUGGUGAAGCAGCUCAAGCAACUGUACUCGACGGUGCAGCACGAUUCGUUCAUGAAAUCGUUCGUCCAGGUGAUCAAGCGCCAGAUGGAGCACGAGGAAACGAACCCGUACGCGAACAAUGUGCUCAAGUUUUGUGCCAAGUUUGUGGCCGAUCCCGAGUACAGCGAGCAGGCCGUGACGCACCCGAUAAUGGCUUCGAUCUUCGACUGGCUGCUCAGCACGAUAAGCAGUGCGCAGCUGGUCCGGUUCCGGAUCUGUCAGCUGGUGAAUCUGAUCCUGAACGCGCUUGGAUCGGACGCUGCACUGGACGAUACGGUUUGCGACAAGAUUCUGCGCUACAUGCUCGAACGGAUACGGGACGUUUCGCAGCAUGUGCGGGUACAGGCGGUGCUGGCACUGCAGCGCUUGCAGGACCCGAACUCGCCCGAGGAUCCCGUGGUGCGUGCGUACGUGUACCAUCUGGACAAGGAUCCGUCGCCGAAGGUGCGCCAGACGAUCAUUUCGGCGCUCGGGCGCAACUAUCGCCUGAUCCCGUACGUGCUGGAGCGCCUGUGGGACGUGGAUGAGCGGGUCCGACGGCACACGUACAUGCAGAUGAGCAGCUACCCGGUGCGGCACUACAAGGUGGAGCAGCGACUGAAGUUCCUCGAGCAAGGGCUGACCGAUCACUCGGACGGCGUACGUAAGGUGAUGCGUAACGUCAUGAUUCCCCAGUGGAUAGAAUCGUACCAGCGGGAUUACGUCGGGUUCGUGGAAGCGUUGAAGCUGGACGCGGACGACAAAGAGAUGGAACGGUUCCGCAAAACCUCCAAACUCGUGCUGAUGGAGAUAUUCAAAAAAAACGGUGUAAAACACAUGGCUCAACUGCUAAACUUUGGUGAGGAAAGCAAAACCGUCCCCCUGAGCGAGCUGACGAUCGAGCGGGCCAUCUGUUGGCAGGCGAUGCUGGAGCACCUGCAGCAGAGCGAUUCGGACGAGCAGGAGGAUUACAUGAUCGAGCUGAGCAAGUUUUGCGAGUACAUUAAAGCGCUGGUCGAAAACCCGACCGCGCUCGCGUUCAUGAAAGCGAACGCGAACGUCACCGCGUCGGCGAUCGGCAGCAAUCAGGUGGCGGCGGUGGCGGCCUCCUCCCCCAGCCAGCCCGAAACGAUGGACAAGCUGCAGCAGCUCUAUCUGCAGUACAUUCUGCAGAUUCUGCUCGAGAUCGUGCUGAUGUACGACUUUGGCGACGAGUUUGGGCGCGACAGCCUGAAGCAGGUGCUGUCCCACAUGCUCUGCCAGGAGACGCUGUUCGAGAUGAACGUCCGGCUGAUAAUGGAAACGUUCGAGAAGAUCAUCACGGACGUGGAGUCGCGGUUGACGUUUUUCGUCGAGCUCGUCAGCUCGGUGCUGGAACCGUCCCGGCAGGAUGUGUCGAUCAGUUCGCGCCAGCUCAUCGACACGUACCUGGAGAAGCACCCGGAGCUGACCACGCUGAAGAUACAGAUUUCCGCCCUGCGCGUCAAGAUUCUCGAGCUGAAGGAGCAGGAAAGUGCGCUGUCGGCGCAGCGAGACUACGCCGGGGCGCAGCGCAUGAACGACGAGCUGAACAUGUGCAACGAGAAGUACGCCAAUCUGGUGAAACCGCUCAUCCACGAGAUGUCGCUGACGUGCGCCAGUGGCAGCAGCAUCGGCGAUGACACCACCAACACGACGCUCCUGUUCCGCGAUUCGAUGCUGAAACCGCGCCGCGUUACGCAGGCCACCGUGGAGAAGUGUCUGCAGAUUUGCUUCUAUCUCGUAAACAGUCCCUCGGUGCGGGUGCUUACGCCGCCGGUUUGCGAUCUGUACCGGACGUUCAUCAGCCGGCACGUGCAGUCCGGGCAGCUGUCGACGCGCAACUGGGCCUUGCGCACGUCGACCGCGUUCAGCAUGCUGUACGAUGGGCUGAGCAAGGAAACGUUCCAGCUGCUGUAUCAGCAGUUCCUCAACACCGCUUCGUCGCGGCUGUGGAAGACGGCGAUCGAGUGCGUGUUCGAGCUGCUGGACAAGUACGGGUUCGAGUACUUCGAUCUGGAGAGCGAGGACGCGAUCAACACGAGCAAGGACGAUUCGCGCACGCAGAAAAGCUCCCGCCAGCUGUUCAGCCGGCAGAACAGCAGCUACCACGACGAUCUGAUGCAGUCGUCGUCGUGCAAUGGGAACGAGUUCUACAAGAUGUCGGUGCACUUCAUGGACACGUGCAACGAUAGCGUGAUCUGUUCGGCCAUCAUCGAGGGCUUCUGCCGGCUGAUACUGCGGGGCAAGUGCACGUCGGCGGACAUCAUGUCGAAGCUGCUGUUGCGCUUCUUCAACCCGACGACCGAGCCGGAGAUGCAGCAGAUGCUGGGCAUCUUCUUCCAGCGGCUGAUUGCCAAGCGGCGCCAGGAGCUGAUGCAGAAGGCGCUGCUGAGCACACUGUUCAUGGUGCUGGAAGCGCCGAACGAAAGCCCGCUCGCGGAGGUACGGCCCGAGACGGUGAUCAAGUUCGUGGUCGACUCGACGCAGCCCGUCUUUUGCAGUCCGGGCGUGAAUCCGCACAACACGAUCGCGGUCACGUUUUUGCGCGUGAUGCGGGACAACAUUACGCUGAAGGAUCUGCUAAAGCUGCUGAGCAAGGAGCUGCUGGGGCUGGACAUUAAGGACGAUCCGGUGCUGCGGAACGAUCUGGCCAGCACGGCGGACGAGAUACUGAAGGAACCGUUGCUUGAUCCGAAGACGGUGAAGAACCUGAACACGUUCCGGGAGCUGAUGCUGGGCAAGAUACGGGAGACGCUCACCUUCUCGUCCUCCCGCGCACCUGUAGCAGCGGACGGAGAGGAGGGCGACGAGGAAGAAGCGGCUGAGGCGGAACCGGAGGCGGAAGGGAAUGACGACGAUGGGAAGGAGGAGGGACCGGGCGAUGGGGAGGAAACCGAGCAGGAGGAGAACGAGGACGAAGAACGGUCGGAGGAACGGCCGCUGAUAAACAAAUCCAUUUUGCAGGAAGAUUCCGAUACCGAUCUGCUCGCCUCACCGAUGAAGCAACCGGGGGGCGGUUCGUUGGCAUCCCCAGCAAGGGACAGGACACCUCGGGCAGCACCCGGGACGCCCGAUUCGGGUGUGAAAUCACUCCGCCGGUCACUGUUGACGAAUUCGGCCAAUGCAGCAGCAGCAACAACAACAACAGCAACAGCGGACAGUGGCAAUUUCAAGGUGCCCGAUGCGUCCGCGUUGCGCAAAAUUCAAGCCGCCUCGGCGCGGGUACGGGAAGCGCUGAGCCAAUCGCGCUCCGCCACCGCCUCGAAGGGAACGGACUCGGAGGAAGAUUUUGAAAUUCCCGCCACAAACGAUGGCGCAAGGCGGCAGCAAAGCUCUUCGUCCAGUUCGUCCGACUCGGAGUUUGAAAUUCCGGAAACGCAAUCGCCGGGUGAUGAUGCUGGUGCUGUUGAUGCUACACCUUCUCCGCAGCCAGCGUCGGCACGUGCGGCGAUGCGCCGGAAAGUGUCCACAACACGGUCAGGCGCUCGAAUGGCGAGCAGGAAGACAUCAACACCGGCUGCGACGAGAUCAGUGUCCACCUCCUCAUCUUCCUCUUCUUCGUCGGACUGUGAGGCAGUGGACGUUUCACCGAAUGUUACGGUCAGUCGUAUUAAUCGCAACGCGAGGCCAAUAAACAAGGUGGCGGCCAAAACGUUGCUCGAGCGGAAAAAGCUUGCCGAAGCGCCCAUGACGAUGCCCCGUGCCACACGGACCGCGGCCCGCCGGGAAAUGGCCAACAGUAAGGUGAUGACGCGCAAAUCCCUGUCCGAGCUGAACGCUUCUGCUCCCGGUACCGGUAGAUCCUCGGCCACACCAACAACACCAACGAGUGAACGGCGCACGGGUAGCAAAUCGAGAAGCAAGACAACGAACGAAGUGAAUUCCCCUGCCAAACACAACGGCACCACGGCACCACGGCCAUCGCGUCGCUCGAACAAAGCGCCCGAUGAGUCGGAAACCACCGUACAGUCGCGUACAUCACUAUCUCCGGUACGAGCCGUGUCGACACGACGUUGGGUAGCAUCGACGAGUGCCUCCACCGGUCAGCAGAGCGAUUCUCCGUCGGGCAGCAAACGUACGCGUGGACAACGGUCGGUCACCACCAGCACCCAGCAGCAAUCGGACAGCACCACAAAGACACCGACCGCCAGUCGGAAGGUUGUGUCCGGUGGUGGCACAGAGAGUAGCGGUGGCGGCACCUCCACCUCCAGCCCGAUACGAACGAAGCGGGCCGCAAUCGUGCUCACUCCCCUCAGCGCCGUCAUCCGUCGCACGAGAGUGUCGAACGGUGCAGCAAACAGCGGCAGUCCAUCGGUGGGCACCUCACCGCGACGACCGAACCGGAAAGCGACACGAAAGGAGGUCGGUUGAGACGAUGAUUGAUGAUGAUGGUGGCAAGAGCAGCAGACAAAGCAAGCUGGGAAAAUUUAAUUUUGAAACGUCAGUGUAUCCUUUACUCUAUCUUCUACGUGAGUGUGUUUGUGUCUGCAACGAUUUUUAGCUAAUCUUAGGAGGCGAGCGGGGACGCUUGUGUGAAUACUGCGCGUCUAUUUUUUAUAUAUAUUUUGCUAUUUGCUGCUGUAUAUAUUACUACUAUAUCAAUAAAGGAUUCUUUACAAGGCUACUACGCCUCACACCCUUCCCUGAGGCGACAACGAAAUGAAGACGCAUGGUAGAGGAGGCCCUUUAAAAAAACGAGAAAGAAACGGAUAGUUUUGUGACUUUUGGAUGCAUAUCUGCACAAAUAUACACGGGAUUUCGAUUUUGUAUUUAUUUUGUAAUGAUUUACUACAAAAAGAGUGUUUUUUGUUUUAUUCUUAUCGAUUCAACUACCGCCCUGACUACACACAACACACAAGAGGCGCACCACGCACCACGUGUGCGAGCGAAUCUUUGCUUGCGUAUUGUUUUGUUAUGAGGGACGCACGCACGCACGUACGCACCCUUUGCGCGUACGAUGGCGCUGCGGAUGCGCGGGCGCAUUUGAUUGGUAGUUUUACGUGAGUUAGUGUUUGUUUUUGUUGCUUUUGCUUCUUACCUCCUCUCUCUCUCUUUUAGGUUCUGCUUUACAUGAGUAGUUUGUUUGUUUGUUUGUUUGUUGGUUUUGUCUUACGUUUUAAGUUGUUGUACCUUAACUAUUGGUAAUAUAUUUUGUGUGUGUUUUUUUGUUUUUUUCGUCCUCUUUCUUCUCGUCGUUUCGCUAGUUACUCUUGUUUCACUUUACAGCUUAGAGGAUAAACUCUUUGUGCGCAAAA